AUGAAGGGGUUUUCAGGAUUUGAAGAGGAGUUUAUACAUAGAAUUGCAGUUUAUCUAUCAAGAUAUCUUAAUUUAAUGAAUCCUAAUGAAGUUCUUGCAAAAAAAGUGAUUUCAUUAGCUAUUGAAAUGGGAGAUAUUAGUUUAUUUGGAGAAGCAAUACGUACAUUUGGUAGAUUUAGUGAUGAAAUGGCAGAAAAGUUAUGGAGAGAUAUUCGGGAGGAAAAAGCUAAGAUUAAGGGUGAAAAUGGGACAGGAACAAUGACCGUUUUUUCAUCUAAAGUGGAUCAACUUCCGGGAUCAUUAGAUCUUGAGAUAGGAGGGUUAUUACCGAUGAAUUCAGGGUUAACGGGUACAGGUGUAUCUAAGGGAAUUCAGAGACCGUCUUUAUUGGGGUUAGAUAAGCUAUCAGAAAGAAAAAGAGAACAUGUAGGGUUAGAUAUAGAAAAAGAUAUGAAACGAGCAUGUUCAGAGGGAAAUGAGAAGCAUUUUGAUAGUUGUAGUAUUGAAUUUAAGGCACCAUUAUGUAAAAAAAUGGAUGGUAGCUUUAGUUCUAGAAAUAAUGCACGUAUUCGUCGUAUUGAUACACCUAGUUAUGGAACAGGGCUUAGUGAGGUUUCUAAGGAGAAUUUAAGGUUAUAUAGAUCAAGACAUGAUAAUAAGAAAGGAGUAUUUGAUAAAAAGAAUAAUAUGGAAUAUGGUAAAUGGAAUAAUUAUGAUAGUCGUUUUAAUGAAAAAGAAGAGUCAAUUAUGGAUAAGGAAGUAUCAAUGGCUAAAUCAUUUUCUAAUAAAUCGGAAAAGUUGUAUAAAAUGGAAGAUUUGGAACAUGUAGAAGAAAAAAAUACAGAAUUGAGUAUAAAUACGAAUGGAACGAACAAAACAAGAUAUCUUAAUACACCUAGGGUUACAGAUUCAGUAUGGAAUAAUCAAGAAUCGACAUAUCAAGAAAAUAUUAAAAAUGAUUAUGAUUUGGUAGAAUGGGAAAAUAAUGAAGCAAAACUUGAUCGUGAUUGGUAUAACGCAGAUGAAUUUGGUAAUGUUUAUGGGGAUGAUACUCAUAAUCCUUUUUUUCAAUUUGAAGAUCAAGAAAGAAAUCAAAAUGAAAUGUUAUUUAAAAAAAAGACUAAAAGAAUAUCAGCAAAACAGAGAGAAUUUAAUAGAGAGAAUGAUCAUUGGGAAAUGAAUCGAAUGCUUACGUCAGGUGUAGCUCAACGUUCAUUUGCUGAUAUGGAUUUUGAAGAUGAAAAUGAAAAUACAGUGCAUCUUUUGGUUCAUGAUUUAAAACCAUUGUUUCUUGAUGGUAGACAAGUUUUUACUAAGCAAGAUCCAGUUUCUGCUGUUAAAGAUCCUCAAAGUGAUAUGGCUGUUUUUGCACGUAAAGGAUCAUUACUUGUGAGAGAACGUAGAGAACUUUCAGAAAGAAUGAAAGCAGGUGCAGAAGUUGCAAAUCUUGCUGGAACUACACUAGGAAAUUUGAUGAAUAUUAGGGAUGAAGUUAAAGAUAAAAUAGAAGAGGCAAAAUCCAAACAGAAAUUAGGAGAAGAUGAUAAUAUUAAAGAAAGUAAUAAAUUUUCUACUUAUAUGAAGAAAUCAGAGGGAACUAGUGAAUUUUUCUGUAGCAAAUCUUUAACAGAACAAAGGGAAUAUUUGCCUGCCUUUGCAGUUCGGGAAGAACUUUUAAAUGUUAUAAGAGAAAAUCGGGUAACAAUUGUAAUAGGUGAAACAGGAUCAGGAAAAACUACACAAUUGACUCAAUUCUUGCAUGAAGAUGGUUAUUCUAAUUUUGGUUUAAUUGGAUGCACACAGCCUCGAAGAGUUGCUGCUAUGAGUGUUGCAAAGCGUGUUAGUGAAGAAAUGAUGGUAAAGUUAGGUACAGUUGUUGGUUAUGCUAUUCGUUUUGAGGAUUGUACUAGUCCUAAUACAGUUAUUAAAUAUAUGACAGAUGGUGUUUUAUUGCGUGAAUCACUUGUUGAUCCAGAUUUAAGUAAAUAUUCAUGUAUCAUUAUGGAUGAGGCUCAUGAAAGAUCUCUUAAUACUGACAUUUUGCUUGGAUUAAUAAAAAAUAUAUUGGUUCGAAGAAAGGAUUUGAAAUUAAUUGUUACUUCUGCUACAUUAAAUGCUGAACGAUUCUCACGGUUUUUUGGCAAUGCUCCUCAAUUCAACAUACCCGGUCGUACUUUCCCUGUAGACGUUUUGUUUUCUAAAUCACCAUGUGAAGAUUAUGUAGAUAGUGCUGUUAAACAAGUUCUUACUAUUCAUUUGUCACAUCCAUUAGGAGAUAUAUUAGUGUUUAUGACAGGACAAGAAGAUAUUGAAAUAACAUGUCAAGUUAUUGCAGAACGUUUAGAACAACUUGAUAAUCCUCCUAAAUUAUUAAUUUUACCAAUUUAUUCACAAAUGCCAGUAGAUCUUCAAGCAAAAAUAUUUGAGCGUGCUGAGAAUGGUGCUAGAAAAGUAAUUGUUGCAACAAAUAUAGCAGAAACUUCAUUAACAUUGGAUGGGAUUAUGUAUGUUGUUGAUUCUGGAUAUUGUAAAUUAAAAGUUUAUAAUCCAAGAAUGGGUAUGGAUGCACUUCAAAUAACUCCUAUAUCUCAGGCAAAUUCGAAUCAAAGAUCAGGAAGAGCAGGUCGUACUGGAGCAGGAAUUGCAUAUCGUUUAUAUACUGAAUCAGCAUUCCAGAAUGAACUUUAUGUACAAACUAUACCAGAAAUUCAACGCACUAAUUUGGCAAAUACAAUUUUAUUACUCAAAUCUCUUGGAGUUAAGGAUUUACUUAAUUUUGAUUUUAUGGAUCCUCCACCUGAAGAUACAAUAAUGUCAAGUUUAUUUGAUCUUUGGACAUUGGGUGCUGUAGAUAAUAUUGGUAAUUUGACUCCACUAGGACAAAGAAUGUCUUCUUUUCCUAUGGAUCCUCCUCUUUCAAAGUUAAUAAUAGCAUCUGAGGAUUAUGGAUGUACAGAAGAAAUGUUAACUAUAGUAUCAAUGUUAUCUGUUCCUUCUGUUUUUUAUAGACCUAAAGAAAGACAAGAAGAAAGUGAUGCUGCUAGAGAAAAGUUUUUUGUUCCAGAGUCUGAUCAUUUAACAUUAUUGCAUGUAUAUUCUCAGUGGAAAUCGAAUGGUUAUCGUGAUGAAUGGUGUACGAAGCAUUUUUUACAUCCAAAAGUAAUGCGUAGAGCGCGGGAGAUUCGUCAACAAUUGACAGAUAUUAUAAAAUUUCAGAAGAUGAAAUGUGUUUCUUGUGGAUCAGAUUGGGACGUUAUUCGAAAAUGCAUUUGUUCUGGCUACUUUCAUCAUGCUGCAAAAGUUAAAGGAAUUGGAGAAUAUGUACAUAUUCGAUCAGGAAUGCCUUGUCAUUUACAUCCUACAUCUUCUCUUUAUGGAUUGGGCUAUCUUCCUGAUUAUGUGAUAUAUCAUGAAUUAAUAUUGACAUCAAAAGAAUAUAUGAGUAUUGUUACAUCAGUCGAUCCAUAUUGGUUGGCAGAACUAGGUGGAAUGUUCUAUUCCGUAAAAGAAAAAGGAUAUAGUAUAUCCAAGAAAGCUACUGAACGUAUUAUUUCUAGAAAAUUAGAAUAUGAAGCUGAGAUUCAAGCUGAAAGAGAAAGACAAAUACAACUAGAAGAAGAUAGACAAAAAGAGGUUUUGCGUACAAAAAAAUCUGCAAUUGCUGCUGCUAGAAUAGCUACUCCUGGUUUAAAUAGAAAAGGAUUAAAAGGAUGCGAAACCCCUAGAAGAUCAAGAGGCUUUUAA